AUGGAUCCAAAGAUAGAGUUCAGGGUACCUGGGAAGGUAAUUGUGAAUGGGUCAUAUAUAGUAUUGGAAGGAGAAACAUGCAGAGCCAUAGCUCUUAAGGAAUACAUGAUAUCGGAGGCGAUUAGGAUGGAGUCUAGCAAACAGAAGAUAGUAGUGGAGGUAGAAGGACAAGAAAAGAUUACAUACUACCAUAACCGUAGCGAUUUGCCAGAAGACAAAGGCAAAUCUUCAUAUUACUUACUCAAAGUUGUCGAUUCCUUCUUUGAGGUUACGGGAAUCAUACCUAAAAACCAAAUACAAAUCAGAAUGAAGGCUGGGAAUGGAUUCUUUGUCAAUGGGCCUACAAGUGAGAAGACGGGGAUUGGGUCAUCAGUUUGUAUCCUUGUAUCCAUAGUAUAUGCUCUCUUGAAAUUCCAUCAGGAAGACCUCAACCAAAUAAUUUCUCUCAAGGGCUUUGAAAGAUGGGGACGAUCUCCCGUCUUCCGAGGGAAUUUAGAGUCACAUCUAGGCCAUCUUUCUCUUUCCAAAGAAAUUCUGAAUCACCUUUUGUCUAUAACAUAUCAGGUGCAUCAGAAAACCAAUCAAGGUGGAUCUGGGUCUGAUGCAAUGUGUUGUCUCUUAGGGUCCAUAUACUCCAAUCGAGAAGCAUGCAUUCCAAUAGAAAAAGUUCCUCGGUAUUUGAUUCUUGGAUCCUUUGGAAAGAGCACUUCGACAAGAGAAAUGCUUAAGAAAAUCGACCUUUCCGACUCCAAAUGGAAAUCUCUUAAAGAUAUGAAUUCCAGAAUUAACAAAGAAAGGAGAAAUCCAAAGAAACUCUAUAUAGAAUAUCUGAACAUUAUAAGAAAUAUUAGUACAGCAAUAGUCCCUGAAAAACAAUAUGAAAUACUUAUAAAAACCAAUGAGUAUGACAUUUGGGGAUGUGGAAUUUCUGGUGCAGGGGGAGAUGAUUGUGUGUGGGUUCUUACGGAUGAUUAUAAGAGUGUAUAUGAAUAUUGGCAGAAGGCCUUCGCCUUUACAUUUAUAACAGAAGUAUCCUACAAAGGAAUUUGUUUAUUGUAA